AUGCCUGGGGGUCCCCGAGCCCUCCGAACCCCGCGUGCCACCAUCUUUCUCCUCUUGAUCUUCGCUGCUGGCCUGGGCCCAAGGUGCCAGGCCCUGUGGGUGGACUGGGGCCCACCAUCGGUGACGGUGAGCAUUGGGGACGAGGUCCGCCUCCUGUGCACGCACAAUGGCAGCAACCCCAACGUCACGUGGUGGCGCAUCCUCCAAGGCAACUCCACGUGGCCCCCUAUGAUGGAGCUCUCAAGCCCGGGCCCCAAGGGCGAGCUGAUCAUCCAGCAGGUGAACAAGAGCCACAGGGGCAUGUACCGGUGCGAAGUCAAGGAAGGCCAGAAGGUCCAGCGCUCCUGUGGGACCUACCUCCGCGUGCGUGAGCCACUCCCCAGGCCCUUCCUGGACAUGGGGGAGGGCACCAAGAACAACAUCAUCACAGCCGAGGGCAUCAUCCUGCUGAUCUGCGCCGUGGUGCCUGGGACGCUGCUGCUCUUCAGGAAACGGUGGCAGAACAUGAAAUUCGGGGCAGAUGUCCAGGAUGACUACGAAGAUGAAAAUCUUUAUGAGGGCCUGAACCUCGAUGACUGCUCCAUGUACGAGGACAUCUCCCGGGGCCUCCAGGGCACCUACCAGGAUGUGGGCAGCCUCCACAUCGGAGACGUUCAGCUGGAGAAGCCGUGA